ACACACACACACACAGCUUUUUUUUUUUUCCAUCGUAAUUUUUAGUUCUAAAAAUUUGGAGGAGAAGAAGAGAGAGGAGAGGAGGAAAAAAGAAAAAAAAAAAAGAGUAAGAAACCCAAUGGCGGGAAUAAGGUCAACUCCGUUUUGAAAUAAGCAAAGGAAAAAAUAAAAGAAUUUGAAAUGAGAAAUUUAAAGUUUUGAAGAGGCCAAAAAGGAAAAAAGCUACGAAGUGUUGGCCAAAGCAGUGCCUUUUUCUCCUUCGUAUGACACUCCACAUGCGUUCUCUUCUCCGGGGAGGUGAGAUAAAAAAAAAAAAAAAAAGAGAGAGGGAAAAAAGGGGAAAAAAAAGCACUUCUUUGUUUAUUUAGUGGUUGGUUUAAAAAUUUGAAUUUUGAAACAAAAAUUUGAAUUUAAAAUUGGGGAUCGCUCCACCGCCGAUCUUUAAAUCCGCGGACAUUCCUCACGAGUAUACUUUUUUGAGGAGUUCUCCUUCCUUGUGGAUUCUACUGUUUUGUGUCGGCAAGGUGGGAUUUUGGGAGCGGGAUUAGGUGUUCUUUAGGGUUCUUCGAAAUGGGGGGGAUUGGGAGGAAAUGGGAAUUAGGGUUGUGAUCUAUUAGAAGAUUGGGAUUGCGCCAUGGAUCGCCGGAGUUGGCUUUGGAGGCGCAAGUCGUCGGAGAAGAGUCCCGGAGAAAGCGAGAGCUCGGGAUCGGUGUCGUCGCACUCGGAGAGAUACUCUGAUGAUCAGUGUGCUAUUGGAAAACAGGAGGUGUUGAGGGUUCAGUCGGAUACUGCUUCCCCAAGUCACGCCCAGUCACAAGAGGUUACUUCGAACAAUGGAGAUAAUAAUGAUGUCCAAGAGACUGUGAAGACUUUGACCGAGAAGCUAUCUGCUGCUCUUUUGAGCAUCAGCGCAAAAGAGGAGCUGGUCAAGCAGCACGCAAAAGUCGCUGAAGAAGCUGUUUCAGGGUGGGAACAAGCUGAAACCGAACUAGCGUCUCUCAAGCAGCAGCUUGAAAUCGCUUUCCAGAAGAACUCUGCUCUCGAGGAUCGAAUCAACCACCUUGAUGGGGCCCUCAAGGAAUGCGUGCGGCAGCUCCGUCAAUCCCGAGAAGAGCAAGAAGAGAGAACCCAUGAUGCGAUAUCCAAAAGGGCUCGUGAGUGGGAAUCGAGCAAGUCCGAGCUCGAGAAUCAGAUUCUUGAUCUCAAGAAACAGCUGGAAACUGCUGCAUCAGAAGCUGCUCCUUCCCCCCUUCAGCUUAAUCUGCAAGAAAAGCUCGAAGUUAUCGAGAGAGAGAACACGGACCUCAAAGCUGAGCUUCUCGCUCAAGCCGAGGAUAUUAGGGUUCUAGCACUUGAAAGAGAGCUUAGCAACCGAGUUGCAGAAACGGCUAGCAAACAGCACCUGGAGAGCGUGAAAAAAGCGGCCAAGUUAGAAGCUGAAUGCAGGAGAUUGCGGGCUUUCUCGCGUAAAAAAGCACCAAUUAUUGACCACAGACCAAUUCCUCAAUCAGUUUGUGUGGAAUCUCUCACUGAUAGCUUAUCAGAUAUGGAUAAUGAACCGGAAUGCUCGGAUUCGUGGGCAUCGGCUUUAAUCGCAGAGCUUGAUCAGUUCAAAAAUGGAAAAGCUGGUUCUAGAAAUCUAAAAACUGCUUCUGUGGAGAUUGACCUAAUGGAUGAUUUUCUUGAGAUGGAGAGGCUUGUGGCUUUGCCCGAGGCUGAUCGCAGAAGCUCUAGCUUCGAGCUAGAAACUGAUUCUGAAAAAGCUCUUUUGAAGGACUGCUUUUCGAAGGUUGAAAUUGAAUCUCUGCGGGAUGAAUUAGUAGAGUUACAGGCAAAGGUCAAGAAGAUCGAAAGUGAGAAGAAAGAACUGGAAAUGGCUUUGGCUGAUUCUAAAAGCCAUUAUGAGAUCACACAUGAUAAGCUAAAACUAGCUGACGAUGAAUUGGUGCAGCUGCACAAGCAGUUAGAAUUGGCUUAUGAGCUGAAACUUGCAUCGGAAAACGAAGUAAUGAAUGUGGAGGCAAAGAGAAAGGAGUUGCAUUAUCAACUAGAAUCAGCAAAUGUGGAAGUUGGAAAACAACGUGAGAAGGUGAGAUUCUUAGAACAAGAUCUUAAGGCUGAGAGGGACCUUUCUGUGAAAUAUGCGACUAAGGUCGAGGCUCUGGAGUCCACUAAGAAUGCCUUAGAGAUUCAGCUUGAAACGGUUAACUCGGAAGUCGGAAGACUAAGAGAGUUGGUGGGUGUGUUAGAAGGCAAAAUCAAGGAAGAGAAGGGCUUAUCUGCAAAAUUCUCAAUUAAAAUAGAGGCUUCGGAGGCAGCGAGAAAGGCUUUAGAAUCUGAGGUCGAGUCCGCGCGUAAAGAAGUUCGGAAAUUAAAGGAAAAGGUGGCUUUUGUAGAAGCUGAAGCAGAGAAGGAGAGGGUUAUAUCUGCAAAAUAUGCAGCUGAGGUAGAAACAGCAAAUCUUGUACUCGGGAACCUUCGUGAAGAAAUCGGCUUGCUGGAAGAGCAGAUUGAAAAGGAAAAAGCAAUUUCUGAAGAAUUCGCAGCUAAGUGCGAGAAGUUGGAGGCUCAGCUUUCGAGGCACCACCGAGAAGCCGAGCUUCGCCUAAUUGCAAAUGCAAAUGGAGAACUGAAGAUGAAGCAGGAGAAAGAGCUCGCGGUGGCUGCUGAAAAGCUGGCAGAUUGUCAGAAGACAAUAGCUUCUCUCGGCCAACAGCUCAAAUCCUUAACAGAUUUAGAUGAUAUCAUGCUCGAGGCGGAAAUACCUCAACUUAUCCAAAGCUUUGGAGAUCACGAAAAUGGCGAUGACGAUACACUACACUGUUACGAAAGUUCACGUAAUCUACAUGGAUUUACUCUCCCAAAUGGCAAAGAGAAGGGCUCUUUCCCCUUCUCUUCUAUCUCUUCGUCGGCCUCGGCCUCGGCCUCGACCGUUUCUGGGCUUUCGAGAUUGUUAUCGUAUAGUAGGAGCAAUAGUGCUAUAGAAAAAUAGUGAAGUAAUUAAUGAAUUGGUGUUAUAUUGGAAAUGUACAUUUAAAGGAAGUGCUUUUAUUGGAGAUUUGGUGGUUGUUAAUGGCUAACAUCAUGAGUCUUGUGUUAACUGUUGAAGCCCUGAACUUUUUUUAUUUAAUGAAGAAAAAGAUCCAGAGAGCUGGAUUUCAGUGUGCUUCUUGCAAAA